CGAGUCUCCUCUCAGAAUGAGAAGGGCUAGGCUAAUAGUCCACCACGCUGGCCCAAUGCGGAUUGGCUCUCUUCAUAUAACUAGAUAAAAUACUAAACUGACCGAGCUGGGAAUAUCUCUGUUGAAAACAAAGUGUGAGUUUAUCUUAUCCCUAUUAAAAAACGACAAUUUUGUUAAUGAAUUUAAGUGCGAUACAAGUCCAAUAGAAAGUAGUUGGUAUAAGUAUGUGUCAAAACAAACCUCGGAUAUCCUAUGCGAAUAGUUAUCAUCAAACUUUCGUCUAAACCGCUAUUUAAAAAAAAUAAUCAAUUUUUUAUGGUGCUCCAUAGCGUGCAGGUGUCAACGCACCCCGCUGGGCUGCGCCAUAAUUAUCCUCCCUAGUCCAACAAAGGGUUGAAAAUUAUUAUUUACCCAAUACGUCAUACGGCGAUUAACUUAAACUGGCAAUAAUUCAGAAUCAUCUUGUCGUAGUCUUGUUAGUUAAAUAGUUUACACAUUUAAAUAUAUCAAAGGACAAUUAAAAAGACAAUAUUAGCCGUGUUAUUUAUAAAUGUCUUAUAUUCCCCUUUCUCCUCUGACUAAGCGAAUAGCUUAUGGAUGUAUGUCCAUAAAAAGUUUGCUGAAGUUGAAUUUCGCGACAAUAUUGUAACUCUUUUAUUUGUUGUUGUAUAGAAAAAAAAAUCAACAAUCCGACUUGUAGUUCAAGAGAUAAGCGCGUUUACACAUAGGAAUUGUUCUGUCUUAUGAAAUUAGUUAGUUGCUAUAGUACAUCUUCUUGUGAAGGUAUUUCUUAGAAUAGAAUAGAAUAGAAUAUAUCUUUAUUUGUCCACACACGAGUAAUAAAAUAAAAUAAAAUAAACAAACAGAACAUACAAAUAUCUGGUCGUGGACAAAACAGGUAUCCACCUCAGCACGAUGCCACAGCGAGCUGUGGCGCUGGUUUUCAGGUGAAACCUUCUUGCUUCUCUGAGUGUGUGAAGUCUGCCAAUCUUCAUUUGGCUAGCGAGGUGGACUAACCCCUCUCAUUCUGAGAGGAGACUCGAGCUCAGCAGUGAGCCGAAUAUAAUGAUGAUGAUACUACACCUUCUUGUGAAGUACCUACUUCAAUAUCUUUGAGUCUGACACCAACGUAAAUCGACAUAAACACGCUAAAAUUGCGUGGUUAGCACUAUGCUGUAGGUUACCCGUUUACCUAGCUAGACCUAAGGCAGGCAACAGGCUCAAUUUAAGACUUUUAGGUAAUUAAUUCUAUUUCAGAACACUGCGAGGCCCUGAGCUUAGCGAACCAUAUUUGCGAAGAGAAUUUUGAACAAAAUUACCCUGCAUGUUUUUCCAGUAGUUUUAUGACGUUAUCAAUAGUACAUAUAAAUAAAAUUGAAGCGUUUGUACGUUUGUAAAGUCUGUGUUUCAGUUAUCUUAAAAUUACAUACAUUUUCUUAAGUGCUUAUAUUUAUUACGUGAUUUAGAGUCACGUAAUAAAUAUAAGCACAGUCAACCUUUUUUAAACCUUUUGUCUGUUUGUCUGGGAUUAUCUCUGAAAUGGCUGAACUGAUAUAAACGGGACUUUCACUGGUAGAUAGAGGAAGUUAUUGAGCAAUAUAUAGCCUACUUUUAUCCGGGAAAAAUCCAUGGUUCACGCGGGAUUUAUCAAGUUAUAAGUAUAAUAAAAGAAAAGAAGCCGAUUGUCUGUAUACAUUGUACAAUCAUAAGCAGCGCCGGCCCGAAGUAAAUUUUAAAAUGGAGCGAGAUCCAGUUAUGGCGCCUCUCCUGCUUGUUCCUAGUAAUAUGUAGAUACCUAUACCAAAUUAUGAGUGUAAAGUAAGAGUCUAACGCGAAGAUCUCGACCAUAAUCUGGGGUGACCAAUUGAAAACCGGGUGCAGUACCGUCUACGGUUGAGUAGGAUUAUAAUUUAGGGGCUCUCUAAGAGCGCCUGGAGCGAGCGACUGCUCCAUAUGAACGGGCCGGCCCUGAUCGUAACGGUAGUAUUUUCCUGGACGAUCUUUUCCAGAACAAAGUAUCUCAUACUCGUAAAACUUGUAGUUUAACUUUUCUCUACAGUUUAAUAAAGAAUCGACUCCGAAGCGCCUCGGCAACUGGCAGGUCCCACGUUGGGCGCCAACUCGAGCGAGGCCGUUGGAAAUGCGUCCGGAUCCAAAGCCAAUAUGCGACAUCAACGGUCGUUUUCUACCUGGAGCGCCGAGAGGAUCGUCGAAGUGUUUCGGACAUUACACUGGAACUUGGGAAUUACCCAGAAAGAUUACCAGAAAAGUUGCUGAGGAACUGGCGAAGGAGCCACCGGAUGGAAGGUUCCCAGAUUGGUUGAACCUUCGCGUUCAAAGGCCAAAGGCGACCGCAGGACGCUUGCGCGCGGGGAAACGCGCCAAACCGAAGAUCGAGGACAAAAUGCCGGCAGAGGAACAGACUUUAGCCCCCAAUGAAUGCCCUUUCCACAAAAAUAGACCGAAGAAAAGGUUGACGAUAAGCAUUAUCUAAUUGAAACUCUAUAUACUGACACGUUUAGCUAUAAUUUUGUUUAAAUUCUUACAUGUCUGUGCAAAAAGGAUGAGGAUCAGGUAGGUACAAAAGAUACAGAUGCCCUAGAUAAUGAAGCAGAUGGCCCUCGUGAUAACAAUAACGAAGAUGACCCUUUGCAAUUGAAACCAGAAAAAGAACCAGUCGACAGAGACGGUCACGGCCCUUAUAUACCUGGAUCAAAAACGGACCCUGAAAAGAGACACGAAAACUACGACCUUUUAGUGAAAGACGCGGUAGAACGACUCCACGGGCCACAAGAAAAUCAAACCGAUGAAUUCUGGAGAAAAGUAGCAGACAAAGCCCGAGACAAUGAUAUUAUGAAAUACGGUAGAAAGAGUGAAACACCCAAGCUUCCGUAUGUUAACGUAUCGCAAAAUUUCAACUUUGCUAAAAAGAUGCAUGCUGGUAAUUUGGAACAUGAACCCCUGCCUGACACUUUAGGGUAUCGCAACUUGACUAAAGUAGGUGAACAUAGAGAGUCGGACAUCGUCGUGAAACCAUACGCUAUUGGCUGGAAGGGUUUUGGGGCAUCAGGACCAACUUGUUGCACCAAAAUGCGCGUUCAUAGACCUAAAACAUGUGACCCAAAGAAAACUGAAGCCGAAGAGGAGCAACGCAAACAGCGCCCCGCAACAUCCGAUCUAGGAGCCCAGUAUAAAAAGCCUCUUUCCCUAAUGGAUUUAGCAAUUUGCUGGGAUUUCAAAGCCGACAACCCAAAAAGGGAACCCAGACCUCCGAAACACAUAGACGGAUCUAACGGAUCAUUAGCGCCUGCUGUGUUUACAAUGGUACACACGCCAAAAGAAGACGUACAAGAGACAGUUUUAGGGCAUGCAUUGCCAAUUUUUAACCAAAAUCGACAAGGCGACGACGCGGGAAAACAUAGCGUCCCGCAUUUUGAAAAAGAUAUAACUAAAGAAAAAAGAAAAGACUCCUGUGAUGUACAACACUGCCCACAACACAAUGAAACUAACAAGUUAAGUAAAUCUAGAUCAUCUAGUAGAAAAAGCUCUGCUCAAUCUAAUAAAAGUAUUUGUGAUGGGAUCAAUGGUUGCGGAACUUUGUCAGACAUAAGCCGUAAUGUGAGUCAGGACCGUGAAUCAAGACCUCAUAUUAAACACAGUAAAGAAGCUUGGAAUUCCGAGAGUAAAAAUCACAAUUCGAAAUAUGACAUCAACCGUAAUCGCCACAGUUUAGAAUCGUAUGAAAAGACUCCAUUAGCCCAAGGAAAGCUUCACCAAAGUUCACCAAACGACUCGGACAUUUCUAGACAUUCCAACAAAAAUUCUAUGAAAAAUAGUGAUUCUUCAAAUAAUGUUAAACAUAAGAGCUGCCUGUCUUGCAAUGGUGUAAAAAUGUCUCAAGAAAAACGACAAAAAGACGAUUAUAAGUUUGCUUUUAAAGCUGGCAAUCCGAAUUCGGUUCAGAGUAACGGGUCAAAUGACUCCAAAGAUUUGAAAAUACCAAAAAUGCGUCACCCAUACACAAAGAAAUCGUACACAAUCCCUACUUUGGCUCCUCCUUUUAGUAUUUGGCGAGAUGCGAAUGCUACUGGCUACCCUGAACAUUGGAGAUUGGCAAGCGUCUAUCAGCAUGCUUAUAAACCAAUCGACCAACGACGGAAACCACUCAUUGAAAGUGUUUAUCAAUAAAAUAUUUUCCAAUAUAGUAGUACCCCUUUGAAAUGAUAUAAAUUUAAUUUUGUAAAAUAAAUUCAUUGGGUCCAAUAAGGUAUAAGUUUAAUUUGAAACUAUGUAAAAUACCUAAAUGUCUGAAGCCGGUGUAUUUUAUCAUUUAAGAUUAAACACCUGCGUUCUUAUCUUUACUGAUUUACUAUUAACUUUUAUCUAAUUCCAUUUGAAUUUUGUCAUAUUAAUGCCAAAGAAUAAAUAUUACAGUAGGUAUAUUAUUAGUCAUCCUCAACAAUGAUGCUUAGGUAAUCCGAAUAAAAAGAGUUAAACUUAAUAUUUUUAUUUUAU